UAACAAGGAUUCUGACCUGGCUUCGGUUCGUGCUUGAAGUCCUUUUGAUUUGCGAUGACUUUCGGUCUUUCCUGUUGUUUCGUUUCGGUGUUGUUGAAAUCAAGGCGAACGCUUUCGACCGAGAAACGACUUGCUGUCUGGAACAAGUAAUCGCCGGUUUGAAAGCACUUCUGUUGCUUUUACUUUAUGCGUUGUCGGAAUUGGUUUGAUUAUUUGAAAACGCUUGGAGGGCACAGUUGAGACUGCUUUCUUUCUCCUCAUAAGCACUUUUGCUAAAAUGGGAUUGUGGACUGUAUUCCAAGGCUUCUUGCUGCUCGCAAACGCAUUCGCCAUACUGAACGAAGAUCGGUUUUUGGGUCCGAGAGGGUGGACCUUGCUGCAGUUGCAAGGAGGGAGGAGAACUACGCUUAAGGGGCAGAUCAUAGGAUUUAUACAUGCAUGCCAAUUCUUCAGAUUUCCUCUCAUACUUUUGAACCUAGUUACCAUUGUAGUGAAGCUCAUCUCCGGGUGAAAUGCUUUGUGUGAAUUAUGUGUCUUUGUAAUUUGUUAACGAAUUUUCGGCAAGUUACAUCCUGUUUUGUUCUUGGGUUUGAGUCCCAACUACAAAUUCAGUAUGUGGGUGUGUUGUUGAUCCAUGGCUUUAUUGUUCUACAUUACACACAGUUUUUUAAGUGAAUAUCGUUCACAAAA